UUCAUAAGUACACGCAGCACAAACUGAUCUAUCACUCACAGUACGCAACAGAACUUGGGAUCUAUCACUUAGAAGCUAACGCACUGUCUGAAACGAAUCCUGUGACUCAACAACCAACUGGAUUAUACUAUACAGCUCAUUGCAAAACUGACGCCGCUUUUUCUUCGGAUAUUAUCCAAACCUUGUGGAUUAUUUUACUUACAACAUGACUCUAGAAGAAGUCGUUGGCUGCAACACAACUGAAAAAAAGAUGGAAACUGUAAACCAAGCUUUAGAAGAAUUGCUGGCCGCAGCACAGAGGCGAGAUUGCCUAACUGUGGGAGUCUACGAGUCUGCGAAGCUGAUGAAUGUCGAUCCUGAUAGCGUCAUUCUGUGCAUCCUAGCGACCGACGAGGAAGACGAGGGUGACAUUGCCUUGCAAAUUCACUUCACCCUCAUCCAAGCUUUCUGCUGUGAUAACGACAUCAACAUCCUGCGAGUGUCCGGCAUGCAGAGACUAGCCGAGGUUCUGGGCGAAACCAACGCGGAGAGCAACGGCAGCGAACCGAAAGACCUGCACUGCAUCCUUGUCACUAAUCCCCACACAGAUACUUGGAAAAACCAAGCUCUUGAGGAAGUGGGCAGCUACUGCGCGGAAAGCCGCUGCAAAAACCAGUGGAUCCCGUACAUCUCAAUGCAACAGCGCUGAAUACAAACAACGGCGCGAGACGGAGCGCACAGGGAAGAAAUACAUUUUAAACAAAGAAUAAGACAAUUACACGUCACAUUCUUGGGUGAAUACAAGACAAAAUAUUAACCGUAAGCCCUGGCUGACCUGCGGGGGUGAAGAAGCCGGACAGAGGUUAAAGGAUACUGGGGCGGUGCAACCGAUACACCCCUACCGUUGCAACUCGGAAUGGGUUGAGCAAGAGGACACGGCUCGAGGGCGGAGAAGCCGGAUUUGCUCGAUGUCAGCUGGUCGGUCUGUGACGGAGGUCGUUCCUCCCCGAUUCAGUGUCGGGAGGUGUGGAGUACAGAAUGUUCCCGGACAAUUAAGGAACGGCGUGGGGCUGUGUGCCAAUCAGUUUGGCUCGGAGAAAGUUUGAAACAUGUCUGGACUGACCUAUACAUUUUAAUUGUAUUUAAUUUUUUGUAGGAGAAAGGCUGACUCGUUUUAAAUGGUUUAAAACAAAGCUUGCAAACUUAAAUGCCGACUGAGUUGACUCGCGUUCGAGCUGCGCCACAUGCAACUGUACAGUAGUUCUUGGAUUGAAAAAGAAACAUUUUAAUUUUUGAAGUCAAAACGAACCGCUGCAACUGUAAUGGUGCACGUAACUUUGGGACGCUGUGCAAAAAAAACAUUAACUUGUGUGUUUUGAAAGUGUUAUGAAAAAAUAUAUGCCAAUAUUUCUGAUUUAAUGUUGUCAUGUAUGUAUUUGUCUGAAAUUGGCAUUCAUGCUAUUCAAUAAAUUAUUUAACUGAAA